ACAGUCAUCACUAUUCGGCGUAAAGCUGAUGAUUUAGAACAGCAGAUUGAUCUUUAUUGUCACAUUUGCGCUCACGGAGGUGUUUGAACGCGCUGAGCGCGAGCUUGUGUCGCGUAGCCGCCGCUUGAUCCACAUCCGGGUUCGCCGCGCCUCAUAUUGAUCUGCUGCAUAUAUAAUCAUAAUCUCUGAACGCUGGCUGUGGAGCUGUUGUUUCUGACAGGAAUCUGUCUUUCGCCGCAGCUCUGUGCAGUGGUGGUUCAGCGGACCUGAGGGAGAACAUGUUGGCCUGGUUUCUGCUGCUGUGUGCGCCGCUGAUGUUCGGCUGGAUCCGCGCGUCAGAACUCACCUUCGAGCUGCCGGACAACGCCAAGCAGUGCUUCUAUGAGGACAUCACCAUCGGCACCAAGUGCACACUGGAGUUCCAGGUGGUCACUGGCGGUCACUAUGAUGUGGACUGUCGUCUGGAGGAUCCGGACGGGACGGUCCUCUAUAAAGAGAUGAAGAAGCAGUACGACAGCUUCACCUUCACCGCCUCCAGAAACGGCACGUUCAAGUUCUGCUUCAGCAACGAGUUCUCCACCUUCACACACAAGACCGUGUACUUCGACUUUCAAGUCGGCGACGACCCUCCGCUUUUCCCCAGCGAGAACCGAGUGACGGCUUUAACACAGAUGGAAUCCGCCUGCGUCUCCAUUCACGAGGCGCUGAAGUCCGUGAUCGACUAUCAGACACACUUCCGUCUGCGAGAGGCUCAGGGCCGCAGGAGCCGAGCGGAGGAUCUGAACACCAGAGUGGCCUUCUGGUCCAUCGGAGAGGCCUUCAUCCUGCUGGUGGUCAGCAUCAGUCAGGUGGUUCUUCUCAGGAGCUUCUUCUCAGACAAGAAAACCACUACAACACGCGUGGGCUCGUAACUCCUCCUCACACUGGGCUUUUAUACAAAUAUGAGUUAUUUAAACAAACGCCUUGAGCUUGUUUUCUGUAGUCCUGUGUGUGAUCCUCAGCUCAUAUCCAGCAGAAUAUUUCAGCGCUGCUUUAUUUAUUUUGUGGCUGUGUGUUGACUCUUUACAUGUAUGUGAAUGUUAAAGGAUGUACAGACACUGUAGACCUGCUUGACACUCGUCUGAUUGUAUCAUCAUCAUCAUCAUCAUCAUCACUUGUUCAAUCUUCAUGUUUGAAACCUAGAGAGCUUUAUGUUGUAAAAAAACAGGCAUCCUUGCAAAUGUUUCCUUGUCAUCUUUUUCUUUUCAUGGCAUUGGUGUAAUUGGUGUGUUUUUAUUUUUAUUAGGUGUUUCUUUUUUUUUUCUUUUUUAGCGGUGCAUUGAUUUCUUGUUUGAAUUGGUUAAUAAAUGUCUGGAGGAACUUC